UGAAGCUAAAUGGUGGCCGCCACGUCCAGGGGAUACUGCGGGGCUUCGAUCCCUUCAUGAACCUCGUCAUCGAUGAGUGUGUGGAGAUGGCGUCAGGAGGACAGCAGAACAACAUCGGCAUGGUGGUGAUCCGAGGAAACAGCAUAAUUAUGCUGGAAGCCUUGGAACGAGUCUAG